GGGGUGGUGAGGAAGGCUCUUCAGACGUUGCUGAACUACAAACUCCCAUCCCAUCCCCAGCAAGCAUAGCCAAUGGCUAGGGACGACAGGGAGAUGGUUGUUCAGCAACACCUGGACCAGGGUUUCCCCGAACUUGGGUCCCCAGCUGGUUUUGGACUACAGUUACCAUCAUCCCUGACCAAUGGUCCUGCUAGCUAGGGUUGAUGGGAGUUGUAGUCCCAAAAAACAGCUGGAGACGCAACUUCGAGACACACUGAUCUGGAAGGCUGAAGCUUCCAUACAUAUCCUGCAAUGCUUGCUAAGUCCACCAUGCCCUCUCCAUAGGCAGAGAUUCAGCAACUGCAAGUUUUCUGCACCACAGGGAAAGCUUCACCUGUUGGAUUUCUGCCUUUCAUGUAGUGCUAAAGGCACUGGUGUCCUCUCAAGGAAGGCACAAAACCUGAAUAUUCUUUGGGGGCUUAUAUGUAACUCCGGGUUUCCCCUUGUUGAAAACUGAUUGGCACUGCCCUCUGUGGCCAAAACAUUAGGAGAAUGAGUUAAAACGGAGGCUAUGCAGUGGGAAAAGAGAAGCGAAGGAAACAACAGUUUCCUGUUGUGGUUCUGGCCAUGUGAAAGUCAAGAGCUUCCUACACACAAUUUCUUUAUGCAGGUCUUUAUAUUUGACAUUGGUGGGCAGGCCUGGAAAUUUUAUGACUGGUCACAUAUUACUACAGUGGCGAUUUUCGGAAAAUACGACCCUGAGCUUAUGUGUUACGCCCAUUCAAGAGGAGCCAGAGUUGUUUUAAAAGGAGACAUAUCUGUGAAGUCAAUUGUUGACCCUGCUGUCAGAGCAGCCUGGAUAAAAGAAAAAGUGGAUCUGGCCAAAAGACAGCAUCUGGAUGGAAUCAAUAUAGACAUUGAACAGGAGGUUGCAAAGUCUUCACCUGAAUACUAUGCGUUAACAGAUUUGGUUAAAGAAACAACAGAAGCUUUUCACAGAGAAAUUCCAGGAUCACAGGUGACUUUUGAUGUAGCCUGGUCUCCAGAUUGCAUAGACAAACGAUGUUACAACUACACCGGGAUUGCAGAGUCUUGUGAUUUCGUAUUUGUUAUGUCUUACGAUGAACAGAGUCAGGUGUGGUCAGAAUGCAUAGCCAGAGCCAAUGCUCCAUAUAACCACACCAUAAUGGAAUACGAAAAAUACAUUCACAUGGGCAUUAAUCCAAAGAAGAUUGUGAUGGGCGUUCCAUGGUACGGCUAUGAUUAUACCUGUCUAGGCUUAAUUAAGGCCCAUGUUUGUUCAAUCGCAAAAGUUCCUUUCCGAGGGGCUCCAUGCAGUGACGCAGCAGGACGUCAGCGCCCGUAUAAAGUAAUCAUGGAUCUGGUAAACAGUUCUAUUUCCGGGAUCCUGUGGGAUGAGGAACAGGAAGCCCCAUAUUUAGAAUACAAGGACGAACAUGGCGUUUUUCAUCAAGUGUGGUUUGACAAUCCCAGGAGCAUUUCUCUGAAGGCAGCCUAUGUGAAAAAACUUGGCUUAAGGGGUAUUGGCAUGUGGAACGCGGAUUGCCUUAAUUACUCCGGUGGCUCCUUAGCACAAGAGCAAACAGCAGCAAUGUGGGCAGCCUUGAUACCAAAGUGACUUAAGGAGAGUGUUUAGUUUGCCUGUUAGCUGUGAUUAUUUUCAAUUUUAAUGCAUUUUUACAUACAGAUAUAAUUAGUUUUAAUUAUCUGGUUUUUAUUUUUUUCAAUUCUAAUACAUCUUUAUCAACAAAUAAAAUUAAAUACCUGCUUUAUAUUUUGUUCAGCAUUAAUAAAUAAUGUUUUAAGUA